UAUGGGCAUACUUAAUUACACAUAAAAGUGAGCCUGCUAGUUUUAUCACCAAUUAAACAUUAAAACCGUUUGAGAAUGCAGAUCUUCACUAGGCUCAAAUGAGCAAAAGAAACAAAUUUACGUGCCUUCCAUGAAUAAAUUUCAAAUGUGAUCAGGCCCUCUUCAUUAGCAGAAGCAAUGGGGAUCGAAACAACUACUGUGAAUAUUUUAUUACUUCUUCUGUUAUCAGCAGCACCCGCUUUUCAACAAGCUUCGGCACACAGGCAUCGGGAGCUGCCGGAAGAGGAAUAUAUUGAAGAAUUGAUAUUAAGGCCACUGCCAGAUCGAAAAGUUUUGGCUCACUUUGAUUUUACUAACAGUUUGCCUCCUACAAACAUCUAUGGGCGCCACCACAAGAUUUUUCCUAAAGCCAUCUAUCAGCUGGUUCAGAAAUUCAGGAUUCAGGAAAUGGAAUUGUCUUUUACUCAGGGGAGAUGGAAUUAUGAACGGUGGGGAGGAUAUGAUUCAUUGUCCAGUAGUAAUGCCAAGCCUCCUGGUGUUGAAUUAUGGGCCAUUUUUGAUGUUCCGCUUGAUCAGGUUGAUGAAACAUGGAAGAAAUUGACUCAUGCUCUUUCUGGUUUGUUUUGUGCUUCUGUGAACUUUUUGGAGUCAUCAGCAGCGUAUGCUUCCCCAGAGUGGACGUUUCGUUCAGAUUUGAUUAACAACACUUCUGAAAUGCAAGAUGUAAAGCACACGACCUCUUCUGACAGCAUAAAAGUAUCGUCUAGCAGGUUAAGAUAUGGUGCAUUACCACGAGAAGCAGUGUGUACUGAAAAUCUUACUCCAUGGUUAAAGCUUCUCCCCUGUCGGGAUAAAGCUGGAAUUGCUGCACUAUUUGACAGACCUUCAAUUUAUCGAGGAUUUUAUCAUUCACAGCGGUUGCGUGUUUUGUCUGGCGAGUUUAGUUCUGAGAAAACAAGUAAGCACCUUGAAGGGACCUUGUUGCAACAGACAUUAACCCUUGUUCUUCAACCUGGAAAUGCACAUGAUGUGGCUUAUGCUAGUGGACAGCUAAUUCAGCCUAGCUGGUCUAUUCGUUCUUUGUUUGGACGUGAAUUGGUUGGAAAAUGCCUUAUUGCAAAGUCAAGUAGUGUGUUUUUGGAGCUAGAGAGAACCCUAGUUCAAAAUCUAGAAAGUUCAAGAGAAGAUAAUGGAAACCCAUCUCUGCUGAGUGAUACAAAUUAUCCAAGUUUUAACUUGAAUGCCGUCCCAGACAGGGUUCUGAAAGAAACAGCUCCUUUAAAAAGCAGAUCUGGAAUAGGGGCCAGUUCAAUUGUGUUUUUGUUCAUGGUUGAUAAGUAUAACAAGUCCCAUCCUCUGAAUGUGGGACUAAUUUGGAAGGUCCCAGUUAAUUGGUCAUCUCUCCAGGCCCCUUUCCAUGCAAGCAGGUUUUUGAUGGGAAGUGGGAAUGCACGAGGCUCUAUUGUGAUUUCUUUGAAAGCUUCUGAGUCUCAGCAGGAGCUUUGGGAAGGAGAUGAUUCAUCUGUUUCAUCAUCUCUACAUGAUUGUAGUAGAAGCCUUCUUGUUUUCCAGGUUGUACCUUGGUAUGUGCGGUUAUACUUUCAUACACUUCAGGUUUUUAUGGAUGGACAACCGAAGCUAGUUUGGGAUGUGGUUAAGAAGAUACAUAUUUCUCCUGCAGAGGACAGAAAGUCACCUGGCAUGAUGGAGAUUAAACUUGAAAUUCCAUGUAAUACAAGCUCAUCUGUUUUAAUAGUAAAUUUUGAUAAGGGCUUUCUGCGAAUUGAUGAAUACCCACCAGAUGCUAAUCAGGGUUUUGACUUGCCAUCCACUCAUAUUAGCUUUCCAGAUUUCCAAACAAAUAGAUGGUAUUCAAAAGAAAAAGCAUCUAAAUCAAGCUCGUUGCUAGAAUUUCUGUAUAAAAGUUCAGUUCAGCUUUAUACAGAGGUGCUACUUGUCCCAUUGGCAACACCUGAUUUCAGCAUGCCAUAUAAUGUAAUCACAUUGACAUGCACUGUAUUGGCCUUGUAUUUUGGGUCAUUGCUCAAUGUUCUUCGUAGACGCAUUGGUGAGGAAGAAAGAUAUCAGAAAGAAGUAGCAGCAAAGGGAGGACGGCUAAAGCAAUUUCUGUCUAAACUUUCCUCCAGGUUUAAAGGAAAGUCACAAGACUCAGCUUCAUCAGGCUUAAAGCUCCAUAAAGUUUUCUUGGUGGUUUUAGUUGCAGUUUUAUUGCAUUUUUAUUUAAGUUCCAAAUAAAACAUUGCUCCAGUUGUUGAUCCUGGAUUCUACAAAAGAGUUAGAAAGAGCAGAAAAAACUGCAUUUGUUUUCUUGAUGGUUGAUUAGACUAUUGGUCUAAACUAAAGCAGUUUUUCUACUGGUUUGAUGCGGUUGGAUUAAAUUUCAUCUAUAUACAGUACAUGGACAUUCCAUGCAAUGUUGGGAAUAUCAGCUGGUGAGAAGAAAAGUAUGAGUCUCUACAAUCGGCCAUGUACGAUAUGCUCUGUGUGCAGUUUAAUUUUAUUUAUCUUUUCCAGGUUGGCAGAUAGAGACAAGAGGAACGUAAAUAAGAUGACAUCCAUACUGUGUACUUGAAGAGAAUGACAAAGAAGUCGACUCUUAGUUAUGACCUGGAACAAGGGUUGUCUUGAAAAUAUUUGUGCUUUGUUUGAAUUACCUAUGAGAAAGAAUUGACCCAUAAACGUUUAACAGGAUGAAAAAGAAUCAGUAUGCACAAACAUUUAAGAGGGAUGGUGAUUCAAUGUGUGAUUUAAGCAAAGAAAUGGCAAGAAGACAUGAGAAAAUCAGCAUUUCAAUGCCAUAUCUAAUGUCAAGGACAUUCUGUUGAAAUAAAUAACACUUUUUAAUGAAGCUCAUAUUAUUGUAUGUGUUA